AUGGGGACGGACGAAUCGAAGAUGAUCAGGCCGGUCUUUGACCACUUCCCCAGGGGGUCGAGAUUCACCCCCCGGUUGAUCAGCGCCUGCAGACGGAGGGAGGGCGGGGACACGCGGGCACAGAUCAGGAGACAGCCUGGUGUCUCUGCUGAGAAUCUGAUUCUGGGACCUCUGGACUCCUAUGGUGCCUGUCGUGGGAUUGCGGAGAGACACACCGAGUCCCAGGGAACCUUCCGGAGUCCGGUUCCCCAGAACUGGCUCAAGGAGUUGAACUGCACCUGGAUCAUUGUGGCAUCCUCGCGUGAGACAGUGACCAUCAGAUUCGUGACCUUUGACCUGGCCUGCCACUUGGGGCACCUGACCCUCUGGACGCCCGGCCGACCUCCCAGCCAGCUCUGCAGCCUCUCCCGCCCGCGACCCUUGACCUUCUCGGGCGGGAGCGUCCAUGUCCACCUCCAGGCCGGGCACGGCCUGCGUUCCAUGUUCGAGCUGACCUUCGUCAAAGGAUCGACCCUCGGCCCCACUUCAAACUCCGUUUACUCCGACGACGCCCAGCUCGGCCUCACCACCUCCUCCCACCCGCCUCUCUGGACUCCUCCACUCUCCAAAUCGUCAGACCGCUUAUCCGACGUUCGGUCCCGGAGGAGCGGAGAUUCCCUCCGAUUGGAUUUCGGGAACAGUUCCCCACUCCAAACUCCCCUUUACUCCGACGACGCCCAGCUCGGCCUCACCACCUCCUCCCACCCGCCUCUCUGGACUCCUCCACUCUCCAAAUCGUCAAAGCGCUUUUCUGACAUUCAUUCCCGGAGGAGGGGAGAUUCCCUCCGAUUGAAUAUCGGGGAGGCUGAAGCCGCCGUUUUCGGCGCCCACUCCAAACUCCGCUCACAGCGCCUGGGGGGCUUCUUCGGCUCCUUCUCCUCGCCCGAUUCCCGGCUGCCCGCCGGGGCCUGGCGCCCUCCUUGCCGGUGCCGCUGGAACCUGGAUCCGGGGGACCCCCGGCCGUUGCUGCUAACCUUCCGGGGCCUGGCGCUGGGGCCGGGGGACCUGCUGGAGGUGCGGGAGGGGGGCGGGGUGGGGGAGGAGUUGGGCGGGGGCCGGUUGCUAGGCAGCUUGAGCGGCCGGGGGGCGUCCCGUCUGCUGGUCGCCUCGGGGUCGGCUUGGGUGGGGUACAUCUCGGGGGGCGGGUGGGGCACUGGCGGGUUCAACGCCACCUACCAGGUGAGGGGCUACUGCCUUCCCGGGGAGCUCCCGUGCCGCGAUGGGGGCGCUCCGGCCUGCUUCGAGCCUGGCCAGCGGUGCGAUGGGCGCUGGGACUGCGAGGAGGGGGCCGACGAGGAGGGGUGCGGGGGCUGCCCCGCCGGGCGCUACCCCUGCGGGGGCGGGGGUGGGGGUGGGGGAGCCUGCUACGGCGCCGCCGACCGCUGCAACUACCAGACCUACUGCCCGGGCGGGGCGGACGAGCGGGGCUGCCGGAGGUGCCGCAGGGGCACCUUCCGCUGCGCCGAUGGGCGCUGCAUCUUCGAGGCCUGGGUCUGCGACGGGCAGCCGGACUGCGCCGACGCCAGCGACGAGAGGGACUGCGCCCGGCGGCGCCCCCUGCCCCGCAAGGUGGCCACCGCAGCCGCGGUGGGCAGCCUGGUCUGCGGCCUCCUCCUGGUGGUGGCCCUCGGCUGCACCUGCAAACUCUACUCGCUCCGGACCGGACACUACAGGUUGCUGACCCCUCUGGCCCACCUCGAGGCUGCCCAGCGUCGGGCUCCCCCCUCCUACGGGGAGCUAAUCGCUCAGGGAGCCAUUCCGCCCGUCGAAGACUUUCCCACUGAGAACCCCAACGAUACCUCGGUCAUCGGGAACAUCCGCUCGAUCCUCCAGCUGCUCCGUCAGGAACCCCCUCACCGGCCUUCCCGCCGCAGCCGGCGCCGGAGCCGCUUCAUGCGCCGCUUGUUCCGCCGCAUCCGCCGGAUUCGCCUCUGCUCCCUCCUGAGACCCUCCUCCGCCCGGGGGCCUCGCCCGGCCGAGCCGGCUGUGGGCCAGGGUCCCGCGGGGUCUGCCCCAACCCCCGCC